CGGGGAGGCCCGAGGGAGCCGCUGCCGCCGCCGCCGCCGCCGCGCGCCAUGACGGACACGGCCGAGGCUGCCUUCUCGCCGCCGCCGCCGCCGCCGCGCCCCCUCCCCGCGGCGCUCCGGGCGGGCGGGCGGGCGGCCUCCCCGCGCGACCCCCGGCGCCCCCGCCCGGCCCCUCGGCGGGAGCCCGCCAGGUUGGUGGUGAAGGCUGUGUGAGAUGAUGAACGGGACGGGUGCGGAAAACUCAAGAAGGUUGGACCCACGUCGUCAUGUUCAUGUGUUUGGCUUCAUUUUCCCCUAUUUGGGCAGCAGCGAGAAGAUGCACCUCCACAGCAGCUCUCCCUGAUGAUCACAUUUCCUGGGCCUUGUGAAAGAACAGGAUGAAGGAGCAAGACACAAGGCCCCUGAGAAAUUCAAGAUGUGAUCCUAAAGCUCGACGUCCGUGGGCUUUUGCUGAGAUACAGAAAACACGGCUAUCUUCAUGUGCAAAUGUUGUAACCUUUUCUCACCCAACCAGUCAGAGCUGCUCUCCCACGUUUCUGAGAAGCACGCAGAAGAAGGGGUUAAUGUUGAUGAAAUCAUCAUUCCCCUCAGACCUCUGAGUACUCCUGAGCCCACCAACCCCAGCAAAAGCGGAGAUGAGUUUUUGGUCAUGAAGAGGAAGAGAGGCAGGCCCAAGGGGUCCACGAAGAAGCCCAGCGCCGAGGAGGAGCUUGCGGAGAGCAUCGUGGGUCCGAGCGAGGACAGUCCACCAGUCCCGGAGGAGGGGAGCAGUCUGGCCCCCGGCAGCUUGGAGUGCAGCAAGUGCUGCCGCAAGUUCUCCAACCCACGCCAGCUCAGAAAGCACAUCUGCAUCAUCGUGCUGAACCUGGACGAGGAGGACGGAGAAGCAGGUGACGAAUCUGACCUUGAACUGGAAAGGAAGUAUAAGGAAGAUGACCGAGAAAAGACCCCAAGAAGGCCGAGGACGCAGAGGACAGAGAAAGUCCAGAAGAUCCCCUCGGGAAAGGAGGCCGGGCAGAUUUCCGGAGUGAAGAAACCCAUCAUAAGUGUGGUUUUAACGGCCCACGAAGCUAUUCCAGGUGCCACCAAGAUUGUUCCAGUGGAGGCCGGGCCCCCGGAGACAGGCGCUGCAAACCCUGAGACCACCACGGCCGACCUGGCGCCUCGCAGAGGGUACCAGGAGUAUGCCAUUCAGCAGACACCCUAUGAGCAGCCCAUGAAGUCCAGCAGGCUAGGGCCCACUCAACUCAAGAUCUUCACAUGUGAGUACUGCAACAAGGUCUUCAAGUUCAAGCACUCGCUGCAGGCCCACCUGAGGAUCCACACCAAUGAGAAGCCCUACAAGUGCUCCCACUGCAGCUACGCCAGCGCCAUCAAGGCCAACCUGAACGUGCACCUGCGCAAACACACCGGUGAGAAGUUCGCCUGCGACUACUGCUCUUUCACCUGCCUGAGCAAAGGGCAUCUCAAAGUGCAUGUUGAGCGCGUGCACAAGAAGAUCAAGCAGCACUGCCGCUUCUGCAAGAAGAAGUACUCUGAUGUCAAGAACCUCAUCAAGCACAUCCGAGAUGCGCACGAUCCCCAGGACCAGAAGGUCAAGGAGGCCUUGGACGAGCUUUGCCUGAUGACCAGGGAGGGCAAGCGGCAGCUGCUUUACGACUGCCACAUCUGCGAGCGCAAGUUCAAGAAUGAGCUGGACCGCGACCGUCACAUGCUGGUGCACGGGGACAAGUGGCCCUUUGCCUGCGAGCUCUGUGGCCACGGGGCCACCAAGUACCAGGCGCUGGAGCUACACGUCAGGAAGCACCCCUUCGUGUAUGUCUGUGCCAUAUGCCUCAAGAAGUUUGUCAGUUCCAUCAGGCUGCGCUCCCACAUCCGCGAGGCCCAUGGGGCUGCACAGGAGACUGGGCUCUUCACCAGCUCCAUCAACCAGAGCUUCUGCCUCCUGGAGCCUGGCGGGGACAUCCAGCAAGAAGCCUUGGGGGGCCAGCUGCAGCUGGCAGAGGAGGAGUUUGUGUGCCAGGGGGUGAAUGCGCCCAAGGAGGCCGCCUGCCCUGCAGAUGCCCAGCCUGAGGAGGGACAGAAGGAGCCUGAGGCCUCUAUGGGAGAGCCUGCCCCACCUGUGCACGCAGCCACCCCCCAUCCCCAAAGUGCUGCCCUGCCACCCUGUGAGUCAGAAGCCACUGUGGACUCCUCGGACCCGCAUUCGUGUGCAGUGGUUUCCGAUGGGUUUUUGUUAAAGAGUGAUACCUCCUCCUCGGAGGCUCGCACUGCUCCCGAGGACACCUUGGAUGCCCCGCACGGAGCCUCCUCCCAGACUCAGGGCGAAGAAGUCACACCACUGCAGCCUGAGGCCAGAAGCACAGAGGCAAACCAGGAGACUCAGGGUGCCGAGAGCCCGCCGGGGUCGGGGCAGGAAGGGGCUGCCCUCCCAUCUGAGGGACCAGAUCCUGGUAGGUGCCUCGGCUCAGACGCAGCUGAGGCCUCACACCCUGCGCUGGCAGCAGAUGGAGGGGACGUGGCCCUGCCCCAGCCUGACUCGUGCACACCUGCCUCCGAGCACCGGGCCGGCAUCAGCGCGUUCAUGAAGAUCCUGGACGGUUUACAGAAGAGACGGAUGAACACUGGUCUGUGCGAGAGGAUCCGGAAGGUGUACGGGGACCUGGAGUGUGAAUACUGUGGCAAACUUUUUUGGUACCAGGUGCACUUUGACAUGCACGUGCGCACGCACACGCGGGAGCACCUGCACCACUGUUCUCAGUGCCAGUACUCCUCCAUCACCAAGAACUGCCUCAAGCGCCACGUUAUUCAGAAGCACAGCAACAUCUUGCUGAAGUGUCCCACCGACGGCUGCGACUACAACACUCCAGAUAAAUACAAGCUGCAGGCACAUCUGAAAGCUCACACGGAGCUGGAUAAAAGGAGUUAUUCUUGUCCAGUGUGUGAAAAGUCUUUUUCAGAAGACCGACUGAUAAAGUCGCACAUCAAGACCAACCAUCCCGAGGUGUCCAUGAGCACUAUUUCUGAGGUUCUCGGGAGGAGGGUUCAGCUGAAAGGUCUGAUUGGGAAGCGAGCCAUGAAGUGCCCGUACUGUGAUUUCUAUUUCAUGAAGAAUGGCUCAGAUCUCCAGCGUCAUAUCUGGGCUCACGAAGGUGUGAAACCCUUCAAAUGUUCUUUGUGCGAGUAUGCAACUCGAAGCAAGAGUAACCUCAAGGCUCAUAUGAAUCGUCAUAGCACUGAGAAAACUCACCUGUGUGACAUGUGUGGCAAGAAAUUCAAAUCAAAAGGGACGUUGAAAAGUCAUAAGCUCCUUCACACUGCUGACGGGAAGCAGUUUAAGUGCACAGUGUGUGACUACACGGCGGCCCAGAAGCCCCAGCUGCUGCGGCACAUGGAGCAGCACGCCUCCUUCAAGCCUUUCCGCUGUGCCCACUGCCAUUACUCCUGUAACAUAUCCGGCUCUCUGAAGCGGCACUACAACAGGAAGCACCCCAACGAGGAGUAUGCCAACGUGGGCACCGGGGAGUUGGCAGCCGACGCGCUCAUCCAGCAAGGUGGUUUGAAGUGUCCCGUGUGCAGCUUCGUAUAUGGCACCAAGUGGGAGUUCAACAGACACUUGAAGAACAAGCAUGGCCUGAAGUUGGUGGAGAAUGAAGGAGAUCCCAAAUGGGAGCCAGCAACAGAAACCCCCGAGGAGCCCUCCACCCAGUAUGUGCACAUCACAGAAGCCGAAGAGGACGUUCAGGGGACACAGGCAGCCGUGGCCGCGCUCCAGGACCUGAGAUACACUUCGGAGAGCGGUGACCGACUUGACCCUACAGCUGUGAACAUCCUCCAGCAGAUCAUCGAGCUGGGUACCGAGGCCCAUGAUGCCACAGCCGUGGCCUCCGUGGUUGCCAUGGCUCCAGGGACGGUGACUGUCGUGAAACAGGUAACGGACGAGGAGCCCAGCUCCAACCACACGGUCAUGAUCCAGGAGACCCUCCAGCAGGCCUCUGUGGAGCUGGCCGAGCAGCACCACCUGGUGGUGUCCUCUGAUGACGUGGAGGGCAUCGAGACGGUGACUGUCUACACUCAGGGCGGGGAGGCCUCGGAGUUCAUCGUCUACGUGCAGGAGGCCAUGCAGCCCAUGGAGGAGCAGGUCGUGGGGCCGCAGGCCCAGGAGCUCUAGAGGACACGCGGCGUCGGGUGGGUGCCACGCAGCCAGCCCGCCAGGCCCUCCGCAGAACGGCGCUCUCCGUGGCGCUUUCCUCCGCUGUUCCUGCCCAGGCGGCCACACAGGGCUCCUGGUCCUACUUGGGUGGGCAAGGCGAUUAGCAUCACCAGCAGAUACAGGAUCCCCACCUCCAGCACAAAUGCAUACCACCCCCCCCCCUUACUCUGUAUCCUCUGAUUCUGGGAAGACUUGAGCAUCCUCCUUCCACACGGCCCGCACCGCGUCGCCCCUUUGCUCCCAGGUUCAUAUGGGGCCCCAGUCCCCGUCAUCAUCUGCUCUGAAUCACACCCCAACUCCUUGACCCCGUCCAGGUGCCGAACUUCCGCUCCGCAGCCUGCUGAGAGGGAGCCAGUGGCACAGAGAAAGUGACCUUAUGGUUUUGAGUCAGCUCUUAGGGGAAAGAGGGGUGGGGGUGGUCCUGGCUUUAUCUACAAGAAUCUACUUCCCACCCCCCCAACCCCACCCAGGAUCAAGGGCACUUGUUACCUGAUGCGGUAACCACAACUGAUGACCCUCCCACUCCCAUGACAGGUGGGGUCUUAGCUUAUGUCUUAGAAAUCUUUUGCUUUUUUAAAAAAAAAAAUGCACUUUUUACUAUUCACCUCCCAUUUUGUGAGAUGUGGUGGAUAGAAUAAAGACCUUCUCUGCCUGA